AUGCAGAAUGACACUGGUGAGUUCAUAGGCCUGUACAUGCCAUGGAAAUGGUCCAAUAGCAACUGCAUCAUCGAUGCCAAGGACCACAAAUCCAUCCAGAUGAACGGGUCCAAGGUUGACAAGGUAGCAGGCAGGUUUAACCACCAGUUUAAAACCUAUGCUAUCUGCAGGGCCAUUCGCAGGAUGGGUAAGUCACAUGACUGCAUUCUCCAAUUGGCCAAGAUCGACGGAUUGUAUUAA